AUGACAGAAUUUGCGGAUGUCAUGCUUCUCCCAGUGCAAACCACCCACUGUGGUGUUCUCCAUGUCUAUGUACAAGGAAAUCUUGAGGAGAGAGCCGGCAAAACCGUCAUCCUCACCGUUCACGACAUUGGAACUAAUCAUAAAUCUUUCAUCCGCUUCUGCAAUCAUCCAUCGAUGGCUGAUGUGAAAGCGAAGACGAUUUUUCUUCACGUUUGUGUGCCCGGACAAGAGGAUCAUUCUGCUGAAUUUGUUGGAGAUUUCCCAACUCUUACCCAAAUCGGCGAGGAUUUGUUGUGCGUUUUGGAGAAGCUUGACGUCAAGUCGUGCAUCGGAUUCGGCGAGGGAGCUGGCGCGAAUAUUAUUGCUCGUUUUGCUAUGGAGUACCCAAAUCGAAUUAUGGCGAUCAUUCUCGUGCACUGCACUUCAACCACCGCCGGAAUCCUUGAGUACUGCAAAGACAAGAUCAUGAACGUGCGUCUUGAGAACGGAGUGAUGUUUUACAUUGCAAUUCAAUUUUACAUUGAAAUUUUUCGUUUCCAUUCACCUUUGCAGGACGGUGAUAAGAAAUAUCUUUUGGCCUUCUCAAAGCGAUCAGACAUUUCUUCCCUUCUUGGAACAAAGCUUGACACUGUUGACGCUUUGUUGGUUUCUGGCGGCAAUCGGCCACAUCUCGGCUCGGUCUACAGCACUCACAAAAUCAUGAACAAGAAGAAGACCACUCUACUCAUCGUUGACAAUGUCUGCGAUGUGAUGACUGAAGCUCCAGACAACUUGGCUCGUUCAUUGAUCCUUUUGUGCAAAGGAUGUGGUGUGUUGAGCGGUGUGGCCAUUCCCGGAAUGGAACGUCAGAGAACGCUCAGCAGCUCCAUGGAAGAGGCUGAUCGUCCCCGACGACUCUCCGUCACCAAUCCCACUCCCAGUAUCCACUGGGAAAGAGUUGUCAACCCGAGAGGCAGACACCACAAAGUCGGUGAAGAUACCGUUGGCAAGAAGCCGAAAGAAAAGCGUUUG